GGGAGGGCGGGGCGGAGCCGGCGCCUGCGCAGGGAGGGGGAAGCCCCGUGGCAGUGGCCGGCGCCGGACGUCACUUCCCGCAGGCGCGGUUCCACGUCCGGGUUGUGCUCGGUCCGGUCCCGGCCACCGCCUCAGAGCCGCCGGAGCCGCCGCUAUGAGGCUCUACAGCCUCAGUGUCCUGUACCGGGGCGACCCCAAGGUGCGGCUGCUGAAAGCGGCCUACGACGUGUCCACGUUCAGCUUCUUCCAGCGGUCCAGCGUGCAGGAGUUCAUGACCUUCACGAGCCAGCUGAUCGUGGAGCGCUCGGAGCUGGGCAGCAGAGCCUCUGUCAAGGAGCAAGAGUACCUCUGCCACGUGUACGUCCGGAACGAUGGCCUGGCCGGGGUGGUGAUCGCAGACAACGAGUACCCCCCGCGGGUCUGCUUCACCUUGCUGGACAAGGUGCUGGAUGAGUUCUCCAGGCAGGUCAGCAGAGCAGACUGGCCCUCGGGAUCCCCAGCGACCAUCACCUACACAGCCCUGGAUGGGCACCUCAGCAAGUACCAGAACCCCCGUGAUGCUGACCCCAUGACCAAAGUGCAGGCAGAGCUGGAUGAGACCAAGAUCAUCCUGCACAACACCAUGGAGUCACUGCUGGAGCGAGGGGAGAAGCUGGAUGACCUGGUCUCCAAAUCAGAGGUGCUGGGGGCACAGUCCAAAGCCUUCUACAAAACUGCCCGGAAGCAGAAUUCCUGCUGUGCCAUCAUGUGACACAGACCCCACAUCUCCUGCUCCGGACCUCCAGCCCCGCGCUGCCCUUCGGCAGGAGCCGCAGCGCGCGCCCAGGCCGGCACUG